AUGGCUUCACAUCGUGGCACCGUAUCUUCGAGCCUUUCCGAGAAGACGGUAACGCCCUCCCAGGGUGGCGCAGAUCCUGGCCCAUCGGACACAUCUCCUGCCGUACCAGCCGAUGUGAUCUACAAGCUCUUGGGAUUCACGCUCGCCAUGAUCGUCUUCCCUAUUGGGAGCUACUUCUUCACAUUGAAAACGGUAUUCAAAGCAGGAAAUGCAACUUAUGCCGGUGGCUUUGCAGCAAUCAUGGCAAAUGUUGUGCUGGUCGGCUAUGUGAUCGUUGCUAUGCGGGAAGAUCAGAGCGACAAGCUGGAGGCGGAGCGAGCGAAGAAAGGCAAGAAAGCCCAGUGA